CGGCUUGGCUCUCUCCAUGUGCUGCCGCGAUCCAGGCUCCAGUCGGCUGCUGGGCUGAGCGAGGGGAGGAGCGCCGGCAAGAGCGGCGGCGGCGGCAGCAGCAGCAGCAGCAGCGGGAGGAACGCGGCGGAGCCAGCCGGCCGCGGAGGCAAAGGGGGCUCCCCGCAGGGGUGCGGGGAGGCUGAGGACGCCCAGGCGCCGCGGCGGGGGUCCCCUCGCGGAUCAGGCAGAGGAGCGAUGCUGCCCCUGGGGAGAAAUGCCGAGAUGUCCCUCCUGCUGUGACCUGGGUGAUGAAGAGGAGCUGCUGGCCACCGAGUGCUCUGACCCUGAGUUUCCCGUGCGGUCCCGGCGCAGCUCUCUAACCAGUCCGCGGGCAGGGCCCGGAGCAUGAUGAACAAACUGAACUUCCACAAUAACAGAGUCAUGCAAGACCGACGCAGCGUCUGUAUCUUCCUCCCCAACGACGAUUCCCUCAACAUCAUCAUCAACGUUAAAAUCUUGUGCCACGAGUUACUCGUCCAGGUGUGUGACCUGCUGCGGCUGAAGGACGGCCACCUCUUCGGGCUCAGCGUCAUCCAUAACAAUGAGCACGUCUACAUGGAAUUGUCCCAGAAGCUCUACAAGUACUGCCCAAAAGAGUGGAAGAAGGAAGCCAGCAAGGGUAUCGACCAGUUUGGUCCCCCGAUGAUCAUUCACUUCCGGGUCCAGUAUUAUGUGGAAAAUGGCCGGCUGAUCAGCGACAGAACCGCCCGCUACUACUACUACUGGCACCUGCGGAAGCAAGUCCUUCGCUCCCAGUGCGUGCUGCGCGAGGAGGCCUACUUCCUGCUGGCAGCCUUCGCCCUCCAGGCUGACCUGGGCAACUUCAAGAGGAACAAGCACUACGGGAAAUACUUUGAGCCUGAAGCCUACUUCCCGGCUUGGGUGGUGGCAAAAAGAGGGAAGGACUACAUCCUGAAGCACAUUCCCAUCAUGCACAAGGACCAGUGCGCUCUGACCGCCUCGGAAGCCCACCUCAAGUACAUCAAAGAGGCCGUGCGACUGGACGAUGUCGCUGUGCAUUAUUACAGACUGUACAAGGACAAGAAGGAAUUUGAGGCCUCCCUGACUCUUGGGCUUACCACUCGGGGGAUACAGAUAUUCCAGAACGCAAACAGUGAAAAACAGUUGCUCUAUGACUUCCCUUGGACGAAUGUGGGAAAGCUGGUCUUUGUGGGCAAGAGGUUUGAGAUCCUGCCCGAUGGCUUGCCCUCCGCCCGCAAGCUCACCUACUACACGGGCUGCCCCACACGCUCCCGGCACCUCCUGCAGCUCCUGAGCAACAGCCAUCGCCUCUACAUGAACUUGCAGCCCGUCCUGCGGCAGAUCCGGAAGCUGGAGGAGAACGAAGAGAAGAAGCAGUACCGCGAGUCCUACAUCAGCGACGCCCUGGAGAUGGACAUGGACCAGCUGGAGAAGCGUUCCCGGGCCAGUGGGAGCAGCUCGGGCAGCACGAAGCACAAGCGCCUCUCCCGCCACUCCACCGCCAGCUGCAGCAGCUCCCACACCUCGGGGAUUGAGGCGGACCCCAAGCCCCGGGAGCGGGGGGCAGAGGACGACUUCUUGCCGGCCGCCGUCCACCGGAAGCUGAGGAGGGCCUGCAGCUCCAUGACCAGCCACGGCAGCUCCCACACCUCCGGCGUGGAGAGCAGCGAGAAGGAGCGGCUGGAGGAGGAGGACUCCCAGGAUGAUGAGAUAGAGAUGCUGGUUGAUGACCCCCGAGACAUUGAGCCAACGAGCGAAACGUCCCUGGAUGACAUCAGCCCCGACGUCUGCAUUUACAUCACCGAGGACAUGCUGAUGGCCAGGAAAUUUAACGGGCACUCAGGAUUAGUCGUCAAAGAAGUAAGCUCCUCCACCUCCAGCUCCUCCGAGACCGUUGUCAAGCUUCGGGGCCAGAGCACCGAUUCGUUGCCACAGACGGUCUGCAGAAAGCCAAAGACUUCCACCGACCGGCACAGCUUGAGCCUGGAUGACAUCCGCCUGUACCAAAAAGACUUCUUGCGCCUGGCAAGUCUGUGCCAGGAGACGGCCCAGAGCUAUACCUUCGGCUGUGGCCAUGGGCUGGCUGAGGAGGGUCUGUACUGUAAUGGCUGUCUGGCUCAACAGUGCAUCAACAUCCAAGACGCUUUUCCCGUCAAAAGAGCCAGCAAAUAUUUCUCUCUGGAUCUUGCCCACGAAGACGUUCCAGAGUUUGUGGUCUGACCCCUGCCUCUUGGGAGCAGCUCCAGAGCUGAUACUCUGGUGCAAAUCUCCGCUUUCCUCAAAUUCUUUCUGGUGCCAUAUAGGGAUUUCCCCCCCCCCUCCCCAAAUUCUUUUCUCUUGGAUACGAAAAAUCAAGGUCUUGUCAACUGUGGCGCUUCUGCAAAUGCCCGUGGCAAAAGUGGAGUUGGCACCAGUGGUGGUGAUCGUGGCAGGAUUCCGUCUGGGUACUAUAGAUCAGCUGGGUUUAAAAGACUUUGCCUUUUCUUCUGGAAGUGGCCCAUUGGAACAGCCAUUGUUCUCUCUUAUUUUGACAAAAAGAUGCACAGUAUUGUUGGGUUCAUUUUAAGUUUCUCAUGACUUGCCUCGAAAGUAUUCCGUGCUACGGGUUUCGUGGCUCCUGCUGCAUCACCAUUCAGCCUUUAUUUUGGUUUUAUGCUGUUGUGGUAAAGAUGCAAAAGUGAGAGUGCUGGUCUGCCUUUUGUUUUCCUUUUGCUGCUUUGAGUCAAGCCAAAGAUCACAUCCAGAACGGAUGGCAUCAGACAAAGGUGUAAGCAAUAAGUCACUGAAAGGGCGCUCCUCACAUUGAGAAGACUGUGGGUGUGGGGCACAAGCAAGUGAUGCUGUGAUCAAGCCAUCUUGCAUCCCCCCCCCCCCCCCCGUUCUUCAAAAACAAAAACUUACUUGGGCUGCAAUCCAAGCGGAUCCCCCAUCUGAUACUUUGUUAAGUUUACACAAAAAGAGAUGUUCAAAGUUUGGGACGUGGAAAGCUUCUGGAAGCUGGUUGUUGUUGUUCCUAAUGAGCAAAUACUCUGUAAGGAUGUAGCAAUACGAUUUGCUGACCAAAGUACCUUAAGUUUGAGAAAGAGAGAGAUUAUAUAAAAAUACAUAUAUAAGUCUAUAGAGAGGAAAAUAUGUUUAAUGUAUGUUUGGAACUCAUAGACCCCUUUUCAUGUGUCGUCCCCCCCCCUCGCUCUGUUUGUCUUUUUUGUUUUAAAUGCCUGUUGUAGGAAGAGUUAACUACACUUUCUUUCCUUUAUGAUACAUAUAUAGACAAUCAUGUAAGCAUCGAUCUUACGUGCAGUGAGGGAAGAUGUCUCCCUUUUUGCUGCCAAGAAUAAGGAGUUUGCUUCUGCCUUGUAAGCAUGUGUGGGGUUUUGUGUUUAAUUCCUCCCCCCAGUAGUAUACCUUGUCCCUCCUCUUUGAACUGGGACUUGCCUGCUACCUAAGAUGCUUCCCUUUUAUUGUAUUUUCCCCCUUCUACUUAAGUUCCAGCAUGACCCAUUAGAAGCAGGACGGGGUGUGGUUUUCGAGACUGAUGCUGCAAUCCUGUUUCUGUUGUAGUCUGUAGCCAAAUUCCUACCGGCUGCCAUCCUCCGACCACUUUUAAGGGUGCCAGAUGAACAUCUGUCACCUGUGGUCCACGCCGCUCAGAUCAUGCUGGCCUGACCCACCCAAGCAUCCUAAAGUUGCAAAGUGGGAGGAUCUCUGUCAACACAAGAGGAGCCAUUUACAGCAGGAGUGGAGUCCUGUCAUUCCUGCACUUCGAGGAGCUUGUAGGUGACCACCAGUUCUCUGUAGAAGACGUUUGUAAGCCUGACCCCCUUGCAGUGGUUUAAGGAGGGACAUGGCUGAGCCACUAUCCUGCUCCUUCCCUUCUCCUCUAAAAUAAGUGGUAUUCCAAGUUGGAGUGUUCAGCCUCUCCCAAGUUAGGAGUCCCAGGGUGUGCAGAAAGGGCCUUGACCCCGUAAUUCCUGUGCUGCAGUGCUUUAGGGUCACUUCCCCACCUCUGUUUAAGACACUUCCAAAACAAAUUGACAUGCACCCAUUAAACUUGCAAUGUGUACAUGUAGCAAAUGCUUGUUUCUGGCCCCCCUUGUGUGUAUAUACAAGUAUUUAUUUAUUGUCGCCUAUAAAAUAUACCGGUCCCAGAGUGCUGCAAUUGGCUUUAGCUCCCUGAUUUGUGAACAUGGCAAUGGCAAACGUUUUGGAGUAGCCUGCAGCCAGUCCAGUUUCUGACCAGUGUCCAAAAUGGCCUUGCUCAUGUGUUCUAGCACUAAACCCGUGGGAAAGUUCCAUAUGGAUGCAUGCGUCUGCUGGAAUAUUCGUGCCACUUUCACAGAGGUUACUUUAGGGUUUGGUGUUCAGAGGAUAGCAGCCAUGGACUUCUUUUUAAAUGGAUCAGGAUGAUCCCCUAUAAGGAGUAGGUAUGGUGUACAAUACCUACAGCCAUUAUUUGAGGGGAAUCAUUUACAAAAACGAAGAUUCUCACAGCACAAUGCCUUUAAGGGGAAAAAAAACACAGAAAUAUUUUUGAGGGUUUUUGUACUUACUGCCAUAAUGUUACCAUAUUUUGAUACACCAUCUUUUUUCUAACUGGAGUCUUUCUUAAAAUAUGUAUUAUUUUAUAAAGCUAAAAGUGUACGGAUAUUUUUAUAAAGAGGCAUGAGCAGUUCCUUCCUUCCUUUUUUUCCUUUUCCUUGGGUAUCAAAAUGGGUGAAUCAGUGUUAACUGUUGGGCCAGGAAAUACCUUAUCAAAGAACCAGUUGACAUUUUAAACUGCCGAAGUGUUGGUUGCUUUGGAUAUGUUUCACUACAACUUCCACCAUCCGCAGACACAAUGACUCAAGGCCCUCAAAGGCCUCCAUCCGCUCUUGAAGCCAGUGAGAACCUGAGCACUGAAAACCCCUGUUUGAGAAGGCUGCCACAUUCGACGGUGUGUGUGGUUCCCAUGAACCGUGCUGGGACCCUAGUUAUAAUUUUUCCUUCGCAUCUGCUAACUGCUAGAAGGCAUUUAUAGCUCACCACUGAAAUUUGCUUUGUUACAAAGGGUGUAUGUGUGUGUGCAUAAGAGUGAGGUAGUGGUCUUCAUGUGAUGCUUCACCAGUAGUUUCUUCGCAUGGAUUGGCUAAUCCCACCCAUUUUGGCUCUGUGUGGUGUAAAGACCAGAGCCCAGUUUCAGACAUGCUAUACAGAUGUCUAUACACUUGUACAUGCCUUUGUGUAAAUGACUGCCCCUGUGUUCAUUUUAAAAGUGAACCUGGAUACAGGCCCUUCAAAUGCAUGGUACAGAUAGGCAGUGUACUGCUGUACCCACAUUCAACAUAACAUGUAAAUGACUGUCCCUGUGUACACUGUACACUUGUGCGAGUAUUGAACAUGUGAAUGGGCCUCAGGCCUGUGUGAACUGUGGGCUGCCCCCUCCCACACCAAGCCCAACAGAAGUUGGAUGGCCCCUUCAGAACGCAGGUACAGCAGGACUUGAUGAACCGUCUGGGUUUUGUCACCUGCCUAACACUGACAAAUUGUUUGCUCCUGAGGCCGUGUUUCUGAGCUAAGUGGCUGCAGGGAGCCCCGAUUCAGACUAGGACUGGGUUUGGGGCACAUGGUUAAAACUCCCUUUCCUCCCCACUCCCACUGCAGUCCUGAUCGGAUUGGGGAGCCCUGCAGCCGUCACUUGACUCUGACGUAUUUGGUUUUUCUGGGCCAACCGCCUUGCGUAAGAACAGCCCUGCUGGAUCAGGCCCAACAAGGCCUGUCUAGUCCAGCUGCCUGUGUCACCCCCUCUCCUGCUGUUGCUCCCCUGCAACUGGGAUGGAGAAGCAUCUUGCCCCUGAGGCUGGAGGUGCCCCAGAGCCACCAGACUGGUAGCCAUUGCAACGCAACGCAAGGUGUAGUUGGCUCCCAGAAAUAAAGCAAGAAAGGUUUCCAAGCACUGGGCAGCACGCCCGGCUCCAGGGACCGUGUGCUGCAUAGGCCUGAGAGGCAGAGUGGGCCAUCGCCCCGAUCUGUGAGAAGAGGACUGUUCUGGGUCAGGGAGAUGCAGGAAAGGAAGGGUCCCUUGAGAAAGCUGCAGGUUAACAGCGGCCUUCAGCCGGAAGGUUCCUUCUUCACUAAAGGAGUUCCCGAUAAACUUGGUUGGUUGAUUCAGAAGACUUGGUCUGAAAGAAUAAAGAUUGCCAUCCAUUAGCCGGGGUGGGUGUCUCAAACAUGGGUCCUCAGAUCUUGUAAGACUACAGUGCCCAUCACCCCCCACCCCAGUGGCCUUUGGCAUAAUGCUAACUAAGCACGUAGAGAAUUGGCUGGCUGCUGUGUCCAGUCUAGAGUUGCCAUGCCCCCAUUCUGGGUUUCACCCAGAUUUUAAGCACCUCACCCAGAUUGCUUUGCCCACCCAGAGUCACCUGGAUUUCAGCUUUCAUUCCAAAUAAUAAUAAUAAUAAUAAUUAAGCUCUAGCUCUUGUAGAAGAGAGCAAAACAUGGAGCAAAACAUGCAGUCACUCUUCUGCUCAAAAAUUAUUUCCAAGCCAAUUUACAUAAUAAUGCAAAUUAAAUUAGGCACCCGGAUUUGGAUAGCCAGAAUAUGUCAACCCUAGUCCAGUCACAUGGUGAAAUCUUCCACAUCUGGGCAAGCGAUGUGGGGGGUUAUGGUAGACUUCGCUUCACCAUGGGUGCUCAAUCCCUCACUGGCUCCAAGAGCCGAUGGAGGCCUUUGUGGGCUGUCCAUCCCAGACGUCACAGGAUGGCAGCCAUGUUUGUUUAUGUUUCAUGUACCUUCCAUCCAUAUUGAAAAGGGCGGGGGUCUAGUUUUUACAAAGUGUGUGCAUGGCUGAGAGAAGCUGAAUCUGGCCCCUUCUCUGGUCUUCGUUCCUGUGUCUCAUCUCUUCGGGCACUUCUCUUUCCAGCCAACUUGCCCCAAACAGCAGAACAGAGUGAGGAUCAACGUUCUCCUCUCUCAUGUCCCUCUUGGGUUUUAAAAACGACUCCCUGUCCCGCUUUAUGCAUGAGUUUGGCCAAGUGUUAAGAUGCCUUGGGCAUGGAUGUGUGAGAAAGAGCUUUGCCUGUGUUAAAAGCACACUUGCCUCGCCAUGACAGAUGUGCUGUGAUGAGAAGAAUUAAUAAUUGCUCUUGGCCUGUGCCUUAUGAUUACACUCGGGACCGGAGCCAGGCAAAGAAGGGUUCUCUGUACGAUACAAAGAAGCAGGUUCUCUAUAUUAUACGAGUGUAAAAAGCAAUCUGCUGCGAUCUGAGCUGGGACCCCCGAGCUGGGAGGCUCACGCUCCGUUAACCUGGGCUGAGGGCAGGGCUACUCAAGCGCACUAGCCACUUGUAAGCCACCGGGCUUGCCUACAAGCCCGGUGGCUUACACGAGCAGCAGCAAAAAUCGGGCUAGGCUCUCCUAGCCUGAUUUUUGCUGGUCGUGAGAAUAGCCUUAGUGUGUGGCAAGGGCUCUCACACUUGGGUUUCCAGAUCUUGUUGGACUACGACUCCCAUCAUCCUCAGCCACAGUGGCUAAAGGUCAUUGUUGGAGACUGCAAUAUCUUGACUGGAGACCCAAACUUGAGAACCCCCGCAUUAUGGUAUGAAGUGUGUGUGUGUGAACUGAGUGGAUAUGGGGUCCCUUUUGGCUUUCUGUUGCUGUCAACGGUGGUCUGUGUCCUGGCAAUGAGCAUUCCACUGCAUAAGUGAACUAAUCCUUUCCGUGAAAGGCUCUUCCUGUCAGGGCAGUGGUGUGCACAAGACCGAGCGAGUGCUGUAAGGAACAUAGCCAAUGCAUUUUGUUACCAGAAGGUUUGUGGCGUGCCUUUCAUGGUACUGUUUGGAGAGAUGACAAUAAAAGUCACCGUUUACAUUGCUGUA